AUGGCAAUGGAAGGAAAGGCUGAGUUCGAUAGUUCAGAGAUAGAGUAUGUGAGCUAUAACGGGGAGCAUCACCUGCCAUUGAUUAUGAAUCUGGUUGACCAGGAGCUGAGUGAACCCUAUUCCAUUUUCACUUAUCGCUACUUUGUCUAUCUAUGGCCCCAACUCUCUUUCCUAGCAUUUCACAAGGGAAAAUGCGUAGGUACUGUAGUGUGCAAGAUGGGAGAUCAUCGAAAUACUUUCAGAGGUUACAUCGCUAUGCUUGUCGUUCUGAAUUCUUACAGAGGCAGAGGUAUUGCUACAGAACUUGUUACCAGAUCAAUUAAAGUGAUGAUGGAAUCAGGUUGUGAAGAGGUAACUCUAGAAGCAGAAGUUACAAAUAAAGGAGCCCUUGCAUUAUACAGCCGUCUUGGAUUUAUCAGAGCGAAGAGGCUUUUCCGGUAUUAUUUGAAUGGAGUAGAUGCUUUUCGACUAAAGUUGCUAUUUCCUCGCCUGGAACCAGACUUCCCAACAGGGAAUGAGAGCCAUAGGCUUGCUGAUGGCAUACAGCCUGAAGAAAAUUCUGUGCUCCAAAACAGCUUGUAA